AUGGACGCGCCACAAGAUUAUUCAAACCUAAUGGCCACUCCUUUCUCUAACACUGAGGAUUCGUAUGUAUUCAGCUAUAUGAAUGGACUUUCUCCAAUAAAACCAGAUAAGCCUGUUCAGCAAAAUCAGGCAUUAAGCUCCACAAUCUUUUGCUCCCCUCCAUCUGUUUUCACAUCCCCCCAUGUCUCCUAUCGCAAGGAACAUGGAAUCCUCCAUAGCCACGCUCCUUUUCUGGAUUCACCAAAGCCAACUGUUUCAUUUGAACGUGGCUUACAAAUAAGUUCAGGCGAAGAAGCUGUUUCAUACACAGAUCUUGCACAUCGUGACUCAAGUGAGCUCCAGGAAAGUACUGAUCAAGGGAAUGCUUUGGUUGAGCAAUUAAGCAGAAAAUGUACACUUGACAUGCCACAGGGUUCAAUGUAUGAUUGUGGGAGCCCUAGUUCUGACGAGACAAUUUCUAGCAUUGUCCGGGGAUUAUUUGCACCAGUAUCAGAAAAUAAUGAACGACCAGGAUGUGAUUGGGAGGGUCUUACUCCCAAUGAGACAGGUACUCUUGAGGGUCUGACCCAGAAAUCAUUGGGUCCCAUAAUUAGACCUGGUUUUUUUAUGCCUCCGUUACCACAAAAUAGCUUUAGGAACUCGCACACUGUUGACUCACAAUAUCAAAGUAUAGUCAAAACAGCCACAGAAACUGAGCAAAGGCAGGACAAUAUUUUCAAUUUGGCUGUGAUGGCUAGCAACCUCAAUGAGAGAAUGGAUAAUGAGCCUUUUUUCGCAGCAGAUCACCGUAUGCCGAAUAAUUCCAGUACAUCACAAUGUUUGAAGUGUAGUGUUCCUAAUAAUAAGUGGUUUAUUCCUACAACCGUUAAUGUUAAUUCCCAUAUGCACAUUUUGCCGGGAACCCAAUCGCACUUGGAUGUUCCACCUCCCUUAAAAGACUCCAGUAUUAUGAACAAUAGAUGGCCACCCACAAGACAAAUCAGUCCAUCCAACUCAUCUCCUUCCUUGCAUGUCUCUACAAGCCAACAGCUUGAUCAAAUAUCACCAAUGUAUAGAAUGCCCCAAAGAGACCUGCAUGCCCAAAACGGUUGGACUCAGCCGGCAUUAGAUUAUUCACAACCAACAGCUCUAUUUAUUGGUGAAGGUUAUAAUCGAAAUAGCUCCAACAGGAAAAGGCGUAAGUCAGAGCCUGCUAAAGAAGGUGAAGGUUGCAAGCAUUGCAAAUGCAAGGUCUCAAAUUGCUUGAAGCUUUACUGCGAGUGCUUUGCUUCUCGCGUCUACUGCGUGGGAUCUUGCUCCUGUCGAAACUGCUUCAACAAGCCAAUUCAUGAAGAAAUUGUGCUUAAAACUCGCAAGGACAUUGAGUCUCGUAACCCUCUUGCAUUUGCUCCCAAAGUCGUCAUCACAAAUGCUGGUUCUUUACCUGAAACUGGGGCUGAUCCAAACAAAACUCCAGCUUCAACAAGACACAGAAGAGGAUGCAACUGCAAGAAAUCUGGGUGCCAAAAGAAAUAUUGUGAAUGUUACCAGAAUGGAGUUGGUUGCUCCAUUAGAUGCAGAUGUGGAGGAUGCAUGAACGAAUAUGGGAGAAAUUAUGGUUCUUCUGAAUUAAGAAUAGAAACUGAAACCGGAACAAAUGAAUCCUGUGAAAUGGUUAUGGCAGAAAAAGCUUCACAGAUAAAUGAAACUCUAAAAGGAAAUCCAAAUUCUGCUGCUCCUUCCCCAACAUCUGCAGGGUCUCGCAGAUCAAGGGCUCCAUUGCGUGGUUCAUCAAGGAGAAGACAACCUAGUAAUUUGAUCACUCCAGCUGCUUCUAGAUUUCAUGCGAGCCUGUUAAACUUUGAAUAUAAUCUCCAAAGCAAUCCAGAACUGGAAAUUCCAGAGAUUCUCCAAGUUGGUGAUGGCUCUCCUGUCCCAUGCAUGAACAACACUUCUAAUAGCCCUCCAUUUACUUCUUUCAACCCUCGCCAAUAG